AUUCGCAGAGAUCAACAAGGCAAUGUAUUUCAUUCCUUACUGCAUUGUCGCGUAGACACGCGCAUUUGAAAGUUGUUUCAGACAGCCCCAGACCACACAGGAGUAAACAUCGUCGCCGUCUAAGAUUCACUGCUGCACAAUUCGAGCUAUUAUUUCAGAAAAUGAUAAGACAAGAUGAUAAUGAAGUCUUCUAUACCAGAAGCCAGUUGAUGAAAGUUUCAAAUGAUCCCAGUAACUGGAAGUAUUCAAUGAGACGAAACAUGCAGCAAAUAGUGCCUGGUGUGUAUCUGGGGCCUUACUCCGCUGCACAGAGAAACAAACUGGACUUAUUGAGGCAGCAUGGAAUAACUCACAUUGUUUGUGUGCGCCAGGAUGUUGAGGCUCACUUCAUCAGGCCGAAUUUUCCAGAGAUAUUUCGGUAUUUGGUAUUGGACAUUGCAGACAGUCCAACAGAAAAUAUAGUACAACAUAUUCCCACAGUGAAAAGUUUCAUUGAUGAAUGCCUUGCUGGUGGAGGAAAGGUGCUAAUACAUGGGAAUGGAGGAAUAUCAAGAAGUGCUGCAUUGGUAAUAGGUUAUGUCAUGGAAAGAUACUCAUUGCCAUUAAAGAAUGCUGUGAUUGUGGUACAACGAAGCAGAUUCUGCAUAAACCCAAAUGCAGGAUUUAUGGCACAGCUGGCUGAGUGUGAACUUAUUCCCAGGGACAAUGAAGGAAUGUGGCUAAGUGAAAGUAUAACUAAGAAAUUUAAUUCCCUUAUUAAAAUGACAACACAAGACGAUAGCGAAGCCAUUUUCGAUCCCUAUACCCAGUUGAGAACUUCUAACUCACCCAAUGAUUGGAAAUACUCAAUGAGACGGACCAUGCAACAAGUAGUGCCUCGUGUGUUUUUGGGCCCAUACUCCGCUGCACAGAGAACCAAACUGGACGUAUUGAGGCAGCAUGGAAUAACUCACAUUGUUUGUGUGCGCCAGGAUGUUGAGGCUCACUUCAUUAGGCCGAAUUUUCCAGACGUGUUUCAGUAUUUGGUAUUAAACAUUGCAGAUAGUCCAACGGAAAAUAUAAUCCAACAUUUUUCUAAGGUGAAACAGUUUAUUGAUGGAUGCCAUGCUGGUGGAGGAAAGGCACUUAUACAUGGGAAUGGAGGAAUAUCAAGAAGUGCUGCAUUGGCAGUUGCAUUUGUUAUGGAGACAUACUCAUUGUCAUUGAAGGAUGCCUUCACAUUGGUGCAACAAAGCAGGUUUUGCAUAAACCCAAAUGAAGGAUUUAUGGCGCAGUUGGCUGAGUUUGAACCCAUUUACAAGGCUCAUCAAACAAUGCUGCUAGGCCAAAGCUCCGAGGGUGCUAUCCGUUAUAAGAGACCUCUAGAUAGAUGACACUGAAUGUUUCAGUAGUAUGUGUGUGUUUUCUUGUUCAUUUUACUGACAGGAAUUAAACAAUUGACAGUACCGUUUUUAUGAUAAAUGGCAUUUGUGUACGAGAUAGACAUUCAGUACUCUUCCAUCUUCCGUUCUCUGUUAAUACUUAUAUUGUUCAUAUAAUAGGAGUGCAAUUUACUUUGUUUAAUAUUGACAAAAUUGAUAUAACAUAACAAGUUGACAUACAACACUGAAUACUGAA